AUGCUCACAACAGGUCUGAUCCUCCACACCUACCCUCUCAGUCGCAUCCUUCUUUUAUCCUCCACCCUAGCCACCUUAUCCUACACAUUAGCCAUCUUCAACCAAGCCUCUCACCCGACCAUCUUCAUCUUCAUCUUCAACACCCUCAUCACAUCUCUCACAAGCCAUCCACAGAAUGACCAAACCCACGUAGCCUUCUCUCUCUACUCUCGCAUUCUCACUCAUACCAACCUCAAACCCAAUGACCAUACAUACCCAUCUCUAUUCAAGGCUUGUAGAUCGCACCCAUGGCUCCAAUAUGGUCGAGCCUUACAUACCCAUGUCUUGAAAUUUUGUGAGCCCUCCUAUUAUCACUUUGUUCAAGCCUCAUUGCUCAAUUUUUACUCCAUAAUUGGCAAAGUGAGCAUUUCAAGGUACCUUUUUGAUCAAGUCAGUCACCCUGAUUUAGCUACAUGGAAUUCUAUAUUAUCUGCUUAUGCUCGUAAUGCUAGUGUACAUUGUGUUCACAAUGCCAUUAGUAGUGAUGAUAUUGACAAUACUGGUUUGUCAUUAGAAGUUCUGUCCUUGUUCAAUGAUAUGCAGAAGUCUCUGGUUAGGCCUAAUGAGGUUACCAUGGUAACUUUAAUCGGUGCUUGUGGUAAUUUGGGUGCAUUUGGACAAGGCACAUGGGCACAUGCUUAUGUAUUAAAGAAGAGUCUCAAAUUAAACCACUACAUAAGCACGGCUUUGAUUGAUUUCUAUGCAAAUUGUGGAUGUCUCGGACUUGCAUUUCAGUUGUUUGGUCAAUUGCCUGAUAGAGACACAUUGUGUUACAAUGCAAUGAUUAGAGGGUUUGCAAUUCAUGGUCAUGGGAACGAGGCACUUGAACUUUUCAAGAAAAUGAACCUUGAUGGGUUGCUUCCUGAUGAUGUGACAAUGGUAGUUAUAAUGUGUGCUUGCUCACAUGUUGGGUUGGUUGACCAAGGUUGCAAGUAUUUUGAGUGUAUGAAGGAGGCUGAGGAAACGGUUCGGACAAUGCCCAUGAAGCCUAAUGCAAUUUUGUGGAGGUCUUUGCUAGGGGCAGCUAGAGUUCAUGGCAAUUUAGAGAUAGGUGAACUUGCACUAUCCCACUUGACACAGUUAGAACCAGAGAUUAGUGGGAAUUAUGUGCUUUUAUCUAAUCUUAGCUUGGUCGAGACAAAUGGUGCUAUGCAUGAAUUCAUUAUUGGUGACAAAACAUACCCACAAUUGGAAGAGAUAUAUGUGAAGGAAGAGAAGGAAGAUGCACUCUCAUACCACAGUGAGUGGCUAGCUAUUGCGUUUGCACUCAUUGCAUCUGAUUCCAGCUCACCAAUCCGUAUAAUAAAGAAUCUUCGAAGGGGGCUUGUUCUUGUUUGGAUUACUGGUGAGAGGCUUCCUAACAUUUACAAGGUUCCCACAAUCAAAAGUGAUACACUAAAGCUAGCAGAGAUGACUAGAAGAUGCAAAGAAUAUGGUCAUAGGCCAAGAACCAGAAAAGUAAUAUUUGGCACUGAAGAGGAAGAGAAGGAAGAUGCCCUCUCACACAUUCAGAGGCUGGCUAUUCCUUUUGGAUUCAUUGCAUCUGGGUGCAUUGUACCAAUCCUGAGUUAUAAAGAAUCUUCGGGUUUGUGA